AUGUUUUCCACACGACCGAAGAAACAACUGGACAGCAAGCGUUUGCGAAACUCGCUACGUGUAAACCUGUUGAAAUGGGUAAGUUCAAGCAAAUAUUGUUUGAAGAAUGUUGAUUAUUAUGGGUAUGUUCAAUCAGUAACGAGAGUUGACAAUCACGCUACGUUUAUCGACACUGUGAUGUCUUCUAUUCCAUUAUAACGUAGUUCAAACACUUACUAAGCGUUUAUCUGCAGCUAGAAGUGUUCUCUGUAGUACAUUAACAAUUGGUUAUUCUGCCGACCAUUCCACAUGGUCUCAACUAAUUAUCUCACAUUUCCUUAACAGCUCAAUCAUGAUACACAUGGUCUUGCUUGUCGCGCCAUCUGGAGAGUGUCAGACGAAGACAGGGAGUUGGCAAAAAAUCAGAUUUGUUCAAAGAGAUUACAAUUGGACGACCAAAUUAUUGCUAUGGAUGGGGUCCAAUUUUUCAUAUCGUGCAUCACGAUGGUUCAAACAAACGCCAGUCGACCAAAGUCGGACGAGGAGGACGAGGACGAUGAGCCUGCCAGUCGUGGUUCAACAAUUUUUCCAGGUGUGGCAUACUUCGUUGUUUUCCGCGAGACAUCGAAGUGCACGAAGGAGACAAUAUUCGCCGCACUUCACGAUGCGGAUAUGGAACCAACAAUAACCGAAAUCAAGACACGCAAUACCAUAGGUUUGACACAGGUUGAAACAGCAGUGUGCAAGAUCGCUCAGGUUGUUAAAGACCAUAACAACGCCGCAACGAAAAACAUGGUGAUUGCAUCCAACCACUUUUGUCGUUCGGUAUGUCGUGCAAGAGAAAUAGAGGACGAGGACGAAAACAUCAAUCGACGAAAUACGAACGCCCAAAUACCUUGUCGGCUUGUUGUCGUUCAACAAGAUUCCUAUGGUGGACCACUCAGUGAGGCUCACGCUGCACUAACUUCAGACGGGUUGGAGUGCGAGUUAGAAAUCAUCUCGAGGCCAACACAAAGCAACAAAGUGAUAACGGCACCGAGCGACAUAACGGCCACAAUACGCGAGAUUGAACUCGUGAUGAUGCGGUGCCAUCAUGCACUCCAUCGUGGAUUCGUGUACGGCAAACCAAUGGAAGCAACCUUGACGUACGUCAAAAUGAUGGACGUUAAAACGUACGUCAAUAAAUUACUUACAAACGAUGCGUUACGAGAGAAGAUCAUCAAGCACAUGUCUCGCAUUGUACAACUGCUAUCGCAUCCCGGUUGCGAAAUCAUCAGCCAAAUCGAAUUCGAUCCCGAUUACAUCGAAGUUAGUGGCGGACAGUUUUUUCAAAUCUCGACGCGCUCGUUUACGGAAUGCCCACCACGGAUGCCUUUGGGGAAAAUUUCGCCUCGUACGUAUAUUCCAUACGACAGCACAACGCCACCACAGCCGCUGUAUUUUAAGAACGGCAUAGUCAAUUUGUUUCCAGAUCUGGACGUACGGACCGCGUUUCUCAAUAAAUUCUAUCAAUGUUUUGUUGGUCGUCGCAUGCCUCAAAAAAUUCGAAAAUUAGUUGUGUCAGGACCGAAAGACUCGGGGAAAACGUCAUGGGCGUGCGUUCUGCGCAGAAUCGUUCCCUCCGAACGAGUUGCCUCCAUAACGAGCGAGAAGCAAUUCUCGGCGUCGAUGAUAAAUGACUCGACGGAACUUGUUGUAAUCGACGACUGGUCUUCGUACACGAUGCAAUCCGACCUAGCUAAAACGCUUCUGCAGGGUGGAUGGUUGGUCUCGGCCGUCAAACAUGAACAGCCUAAGUGCGUCUGGAACAAUAGUCCGUUCUAUAUAACGACGAACACUGUUCCCGACUUCGGGAAAGAAAUGGAAAACGUCGAACGACGAAUUUCUGUUUACGAAACUCAAUCGUUGCCGAGGACAACCGCAGGAAUCGACAAAUGGAUCUAUGAACACGCAAUGGACUGCUUGGUUUGGACCGCAAACCAGAUAACGGCAAACAUCGAUCAUGUACCACGCCAGGAACGCUGGUACGAGAACAGCGACGGCGAAGCAGCGGUCAUAGAUGAUAACAACAUAGCACGGUAAGCACUUAACAUUAUUCGCUGCAUUGCUCCGUUCAAAAACAAACUAUGGUGCUUCCCAUAUGCGUCACGGUUAACUAGAUGAUAGAGUAAUCUGAUUAAUUAUAAAAACAUUUCCCUUCAUUAUUAGAUCCCUUUUCGACUCAAAGAUUGUAAAAAACAUCGGUUAUCAAGAUCUGAGAGAAAUGGAAGUAGAACCAAACGUGUCGAGGUCGAGCCCAGCAGACUCCUGCGCAGUCCAUCGUUCUUUUGUACGAGAUGAAGAGCAUGAACAAAUUGCAGUGCUGAGAGACCUCCGCCGAAGCUUCCGGUUGCCAUCAUCUUCAUCAGAAUUGUCGGACGAGGAGAAUAAUCGCUGUCAUUUGAAAUCAUGUAAGCCUCCAACACAUGACGAGGCAGAGCCGUCCCAGAAAUAUCAAAAGACACAAGCAGAAGAAGAGGAGGAGGAAGAACAAGAUUCAUCACCUGAAGAUGUUUUCCAAAUAAUUUCGACACAGACGGGUUGGGUUAUGAAUGACGACAAGUACAUGUACAAAGUAUACGAGCACAUUAGAUGGCGGUAAGCAAGAAUCUUGCAUACGUGUUCAAACGUUCGUUACUUCACAUUUUUUAUGUAAAUUGUAUUUGACUUUUAGCAAGGAUUUUAAAAAAGUAAACUUUCUUUAAAAGCACGCGCUUGCUUCUCUUGUUUUAAACAAAAAAGGCCACAUGUUCUAUUGUACCCAGCCCCAUUUUCUACAGAUGUCUUCAAAUAGCCUCACUAUUUUUCUCACUGCAACAUUCACGCAUUUAGGUAAAUCUUAGUUUUCCUGCCCACGAUCUCGCUAUAGUCAGACUGCUUUGUUUGCCCUGCCAAAAUAACAGUGAACAACAUCUUAAAUGUUAAUGUUUUUAUUAGAUUUCCUGCAGAACAACUACCUCAGCAGCCCACAUUGGCGUUCUGUGCAAGACAUGACGCUGCUAAACGCAGAGAAAAAGAUUUCUUCAGCAAACCCGAUCCCUACAUCGACGCAUAG